GGGACUAGGGAAUUUUCACGUCAGAGUAGAAAUGGCGAAAUAAUAAUAAAUGCGAAAUCAAAGGUUCGCGAUUUUUCUAUGAGUUUUCUGUGGGGAAUCCAGAGUUUUAUCCAGAAUAAUUGAAUGAAAAGUUGUUGAGACUGUAGUAAUUCAGGAAAGGGGAGUCAACGGUGACCUAGUAUCAUUUUUUGAUGGAUGGAGAUCGAAUUGCAACAAUAGUCAUGGCAGCUUUUGGCAGAUACCAUGGAAGAUCGAACAGGGAUUUAGUGCAGUACCUGAAGAAAUCGAAGGUUAUAAAAUCUGAUAGAGUCUUCGAUGCAAUGUGCUCGGUGGACAGAGGAAAAUACACGACAGGAUAUCCCUACGUCGAUUCUCCCCAGGGGAUCGGUUAUGGAGUAACAAUAAGUGCUCCUCACAUGCAUGCUCAUGCCCUGGAGCUGCUGGAGGACAAGUUGAAACCUGGAAAUAAAGCCCUAGAUGUUGGCUCUGGUUCAGGGUAUUUGACUGCUUGUAUGGGAAUAAUGUUGGGAAACGAAGGAGUUGCUGUUGGUAUUGAUCACAUCCCAGAGCUUCAGGCACUGGCCAAGAAGAACAUAAUGAAUGAUAAACCUGAACUCAUAGAUAGUGGACGUGUUGAACUUGUUGUGGGAGAUGGGAGACUAGGAUAUCCUGGUCAAGCCCCCUACGAUGCCAUCCACGUGGGUGCAGCUGCUAAAGAAACACCUCAAACACUGAUCGAGCAAUUAGCACCUGGAGGGCGAUUGAUUGUCCCUGUGGGCGCCUCUAAUUCGGAUCAAACUCUCAUUCAAAUCGACAAGACCCUGGAGGGGGAAAUUAAACAGCAACCCUUGAUGGGUGUCGUCUACGUCCCCUUGACUGACAAGGAGAGGCAGUACAGUUCAUGAAAUCAGUGUCUGCUCCAAUGAGCUCAUUUGUUCGGUUGUUUUUCCUCAAUCGUGAUCAUUUUGCAUUUCUGAAUGCUCAACGAUUUAGAAUUAUAAAAAUAAUACUCAUUGAAGUCUUCUAUUGUUGGUAAUCGGUCUAAAUAUUAUAGUCUAGUUUCAUUAGUUUCAUCAGGACUAAUUUAAAAUUAUUAGUCUUUAUUAUUUGUUAUUUUCAAUAUUUGUAGAUGGCAAAUUUAUUUAAUGCUCAGUAAUAUUUAGACCUGUACUCUUUCAGUUGUUGUAGUUCAAUUUGUGUUCUGAUGACGUUAUGUUCGAUACUAGUCUCAUUCUGUGAAGUAAUAUUAUUUUUAGAGACAGUAAUUUCACGAAGAUCUAGACAAUGAAUUAUCUAAAAUCACUUCGUCCUUCGAUUUUUUUCCUCGAGCUGAUCACUCAGGAAAAUUCUCACUAUGUUAAAAGCCACUGUAUGACUGAAAAUAGUAAUUUUUUUAUUACAAAUAAAAUUAUUGAAGUUAUUAUCACGAUAA